AACGUGUUAAACAUCAUUAAUCAGAUCAUGGACGUAUGCAUCCCCCAGGACCGAGCCCCGCGGGAUUUCUGCGUCAAGUUCCCUGAGGAAAUCCGGCACGACAACCUGGCAGGCCAGCUGUGGUUCGGUGCUGAGUGCCUGGCCGCCGGCUCCAUCAUCAUGAACCGUGAGCUGGAGAGCAUGGCCAUGCGCCCACUGGCCAAGGAGCUGACCCGCAGCCUGGAGGAUGUGCGGGGUGCCCUCCGCGAUCAGGCGCUGCGGGACCUCAACACCUACACGGAGAAGAUGAGGGAGGCGCUGAGGCACUUCGACGUCCUGUUUGCCGAGUUCGAGCUGAGCUACGUCUCCGCCAUGGUGCCUGUGAAGUCCCCCAGGGAGUACUAUGUGCAGCAGGAGGUCAUCGUGCUGUUCUGCGAGACCGUGGAGAGGGCCCUGGACUUCGGGUACCUGACCCAGGACAUGAUUGACGACUACGAACCAGCCCUCAUGUUUACCAUCCCCAGGUUGGCCAUCGUGUGUGGCCUCGUGGUCUACGCAGAUGGACCCCUGAACUUGGACCGCAAGGCAGAAGACAUGUCUGAGCUAUUCCGACCCUUCCACACAUUGCUGCGGAAAAUAAGACCCAGGAGGCUCAAGAACUACAAGGAAGAUAAAUACAAGCAUACUUGGGUAUAUCAUAGUAAAAUUGUUGAAAACAGAGGAAAAAAAUCUUAAACACAGCCAGAGAAAAAGGACAUAUUUCUGGGAAAAGAACGUAAAAUUGACAGCUGUCUCCUGAGAAACAA